AUGAAAUGUGUUACCUCCUCUCGCAAUUUGUCUUUAACAAAUAAAGUGACAAAAAAUAAAAAUCGCUCCAAUUCGCAUGCCACCAAUUCCUUAUUGACAAAUGCAGCCAAUAUGAAAAUAACCAAGGCCAUAGUAAAUUCCAAACAAAUAAAUAAAAACAAACAAAAAGGAUUAGCCACAGCAACUGCCAGUGCCAGUGGUAACUUAGCUGCUUUUUCUUACCCCAAACAGGACUCCGCCUCCUGCUCCACGGCUGCUAUGCAAGAUUUGGCUAAUGUCAAAGAAUCUGCAAACUUAGUGGGCCAAGGGAAAAAAGAGAGUUUUAACCCCACGACACAAAAUGCUCCUGCCAGAAACUCUUUGUCUGGCCUGUUAACAGCAACAACAAAUACAGCAACGGUGCAGAAAGAGACAGACUACCAUACAAAAGAGCAAAGAUCACCUACCAUACUCGGGCAAAGUAUAACACACAACCCAACAAUAACAACAAACGCAACUGCAGAGUUCCAGUGUUCAGCAGGGACUCAACAAACAAGAGAGCCAAAUAACACACCACUCUCCAAUAGCAGUGUAAAUUACCAACAACAACAACAACAAGCACAGGCACAGGCUAGCAAUAACAACACAACUACGAACUGCAAUGAGUUUUUAAGGUCUGCUAUGAAUUUGAAUUUAUCGUCUUUGGCAGCGAAAACACCACAGCUCAUAUCAGUUGUCAACGAACAAUCAAACCAAACAGUGAUCAACAUAACAGCGACCAACACGAACACGAAUGCGAAUGCAAAGACGACAACAACGACAACGCCACCAACGACGAAGCAAAACGAAGACAACGAAAAUAUCAUCCUAGCCAAAGCCAACAAUAGCAAAAGCCACGAAGUGACGACUACUGCGACAACAAUUAACAAUAAGACCACAAUAACGGCGGCUACAACGAUAACCGCAAAUUUAGAUCAUCAGCAAACGCAAGGGAAAGCCGAUCAUUAUCAGACGCCGCCAUUGUUGCUGCCGCCACAGCCGCCGCCGCCGCCGCAGCAACAAACGCCACAAAUAAAGUCUUUGGAAAAUUCUUUGAAAAGAAAUGUCGAAAGUUCUACAACAACAACAACAACAAAGUCAUUGAUAAAUCAAAGUGCUAACAUCAAUAAUCACAAUAAAAGUGUUGAGCCAAAUAUCAGUGAUAAUAAUGAAAAUAAUAAAACAGUGAUAAAUAGUCAUGACAAUUUGACUCUGCAAACCUCAGAUCAAACACAACACUCUCAUCAACCUCCCACUGAAACAAAUACACCACAAAAUUAUCGCGGUUUAAAUAACUCGGUGAUCAUAGCCAAUUUCAAUAACAGUUCUCAGGCUCAGACAUCCGGCUUAGCUGCCUUUACUCAAAAUUCAAGCAUUGCGACCAAUACAAAUGCCAUUGCCAAUUCGUUAUACAAUCAGAAUUCUUUUGUUGCCAGUGGUGAUCCCAAUCUAAAUCUGGCGGUUAUAGGUAACAACAGUGAACAUCAGCAGCAGCAACAACACCAGGCAUCACCCCAUUCUCAAGUGCAAUUGCAAGUGCCUCCACAGGAACAGCAACAAACAGCAGCCCAACAUCACUCACCUCACCUUACUCAACAUCAACAACAUCAAUUGGCCUUCAUCCUGGUGUAG